CUAUGGGCGAAGGAAAGAACUGGCUUCUGGUGGAGGUACAUAGUAAAUAGAACAUUUUCAACUGAUGACUGGAUUGAAAAUUUCAGGAUGAGACCGGAGAGUUUUAACAAACUGUGUGGAUUAGUGAGGCCUUUUAUUGAGAAGUCUGAUACUCAUUUGAGAAAGUGCAUUCCUGUUGAACAGAGGGUUGCUGUUGCCCUCUGGACCCUGGCUACUAAUGUAGAAUAUCGGACAAUCGGACACUUGUUUGGUAUUUCAAGAUCGUCUGUAUGCAUAAUUGUUAAGGAAGUGUGUAAUGCAAUACAUCAAACUUUGCUUUUUAAGUAUAUAUACUUGCCCUUCGGUCAAGAAUUACUCCAGAUUAUGCAAAAGUUUGAAACAACAUGGGGUUUUCCUAACUGUGCUGGAGCUAUAGAUGGUUGCCACAUUCCAAUAAUAGCCCCAAAAGAAAAUCAUACAGACUACUAUAACCGUAAAGGUAUCUACAGUAUCAUUUUACAUGCUACUGUCGACUGCAAUUACCUAAUACGAGAUGUCUGUAUUGGAUGGCCUGGAAAGGUGCAUGAUGCAAGAGUGUUGGCUAACUCAGAGAUGUAUCGCCUUGGUCAGUCAGGGAAACUGUUCGCCAAUGAAACUUGCAAAAUACAAGGCACAGAUGUACCAGUUGUCAUACUUGGUGAUCCGGCAUACCCUCUUUUACCCUGGCUGAUGAAGCCAUAUGCUGAAACAGCCAGAACCUCUCCAGCCCAAUAUCGUUUCAACUAUACAUUAAGUAGAAACCGUAUGGUUGUUGAAAAUGUUUUUGGACGCCUGAAAGGUCGAUGGCGUCGUCUGCUGAAAGGGAUGGAUUUCAGUGUUCAAUCUGUCCCGAUAAUUAUCUCUGCAUGUUGUAUACUUCACAAUUUUGGAGAAACUGAAGGCGAUGCCUUUGCUGACGAAUGGCGAUUUGAUUGUUUUGGUGGUGAUGGUGAAAAUUGCCAGGAAACUUCAGCUGAACAGAGCAAAACAACUGCUGACAAUAUCCCAGAAGCAUUUUGUAGGCACUUUUCGCCAAAUCUCUGA